CGCUUCCCGCCACGCGGCGCCCCGCCCCCUUCUCCCGACGUCCUUUGCCCGGACGCGUGGCGGCGGCGGCGGCAGUGGCGGCGGCCUUGGGGUCCGGCCUCGGUCUGCGGGCCUACGGACGCGGCACCGGAGGAUGGGCGGGGGCGAACAGAGCGGACCCAAGAUGAGUGAAGUUUCCUGCAGGAAGCGGGAUGACUAUCUGGAAUGGCCUGAGUAUUUCAUGGCAGUGGCCUUUUUAUCAGCACAGAGAAGCAAAGAUCCAAAUUCCCAGGUUGGAGCCUGUAUUGUGAAUGCAGAAAACAAGAUUGUUGGAAUUGGGUACAAUGGAAUGCCGAAUGGGUGCAGUGAUGACCUGCUGCCCUGGAGGAGAACAGCAGAGAAUAAACUGGAUACCAAAUACCCCUAUGUGUGCCAUGCCGAGCUGAAUGCCAUUAUGAACAAGAAUUCGGCCGACGUGAAAGGCUGUAGCAUGUAUGUCGCCUUGUUCCCAUGUAAUGAAUGUGCUAAGCUCAUCAUCCAGGCAGGUAUAAAAGAAGUUAUUUUCAUGUCCGAUAAAUAUCAUGACAGUGAUGAGACAACAGCUGCAAGGCUCAUGUUUGAGAUGGCUGGGGUUACAUUCAGGAAAUUCCUACCCAGGUGCAGCAAGAUUGUCAUUGACUUUGAUUCAAUUAACAGCCGACCAAGUCAGAAGCUUCAGUGAGUUCGAUUUCAUUAAAUCUACAAAAGUUUGGGACUCUUCUCUUCUAAGAAGCUGCUAAUGCCUUUCAUCUUAAAAUUGCACAUAACUUUUUAAUAGCCCAGCACAGGUAGACACAGUAAAGAAUGUAAAAAUCUCAAAUCUCGCUUACUGUCCCUCCUGUCACAUGGAAUCUACAUCUGUUUAAACUAAUGAUUUAGAGUUGGAAAUAAGGGAACCUGCAGAAGGCCUGACAUGCAAGGCAGGAGUAAGAGUGUCUUUUCCCUCGUGACCUUGUUGGAAUACUGGUUAUCUGCAGAAGAACAUUACCCCUUUGUCAUCCACUACAUUUCAACAGCCACUUCUAUGUGUGUGCUGGAAGGAUGCAUAAAUAAUUGUGUGAGUUCUUAGUGGGUAUUGCAGGCACACUGAUGUGCACAUCUGGCCCAAAUGAAGCAUGACAUGUAGUACCCUAAGGGAAAAAAAUGGCACCCAAGUGACAGUAGCAUUAAAAUAUUUGCUGCAGAGUUGAGGGAAGCCCCUACCCACCCACCCAGAAAACCUAGAUCGGAUGGCACAUCUGUCCUGACAGAUGAUCAGCACCAUUGAACCAGGAAUAUUUCCUCUGUUCCUGCUAUCCUGUUACAUGCUGGGUAGUGGCACAUUAUCCCUCUGGGGGUGGGGACCCCUGUUGAUUUGGCCUCUUAUUUUUGGUUUGUUGGUCAAAUGGAGCUGUUACAUUUAGUUUAUCUGAGUAAUGAAUUGUUCCCAAAGGACACAGCUUGUCUCAUUGCUACCCCAGACCGUGCCCUGCUGUGGUAGCAGCUGGGAUUGCUUAGGUGGGAGGUAUUGGGCAUCCCCCACUUCUGCUGCUUCUACUGCCUGAAAACAGGUUGCUCCCUCUACAUGCCAACGUAGUUCAUUUCCAAGGGUGCUCUAUAACCAGAAAGUAAAUUAAUUCCUAUCCCCAGCAAGUGAAUUGUAAGAGAUUGCGCCCACCUGGAGGCGGUUUAUUCCAGGUAUAUUGGUGCUGGAAGUUUAUUUGUACUGGCAUUGUGCCUUCAUUUACCCAAAUGUCACCCUAAAUAUGCUUGCUACCUUUGUUGAGAAAAUGGUUUCUUUGUCUUAAAACUUACUACUUUUUUUUUGUAAUGCCUUUAUAUUUUUGGAAAUUUUUAUUUUGUCUAAAGUUUUGUACUCCAUGUUCUAGGACAUUUUAUGAUUUGGCUCCUUGCCAAUAUUAUUAAAAUCUUAAUAAAAUUUACCACACCAAAGUA